AUGACUAGUGCAAUAGGUACUCCAAUCUAUGCAGAUGAAUGUACUGCAAAGAAAAAGAGAGUAUCAUUUGCAAGGAUGCUGAUAGAAACAAAUAUUACCAGAGAAUUGCCUACUAAGAUAAAGGUAAUGGACCCUACUGGGAAGACAUUCCUACAGGAUGUUAGAUAUGACUGGAAACCUGAAUUUUGCCAGAAAUGCUUAGUGGUUGGGCACAGAUGUGGUGGGGAACAACAACAAUAUAAGCAACAAGAUAAGCAGCAAGGCAAGAGAAGAGAAGCAAAGAAAGUAACAAUGGAGUGGAGAACCAAAGGGCCAGUGAAAGAAGGAGUUAGUCAAUCAGAGGAGGCUAGCAUACAACAGAUUGAACCACAGAUACCCGGACAAAGAGGAGUUGUAGACAAUGAGAAUGUACAACCAAUGAUAGACCAGACAAAUGUUCAGCAGGAUAAUAUGCAGACACCCUCCCAGCAACAGUGUGUAAUGGAAAAACCAGUGGACAAAGGCAAAGCUAUAGAGGGCAGGAUUGAACUGGAUAUGGUUAACUUUCCAGCUUUAUCAGCCAUCACAAUAAGGAAUUCCUUUGAGCCAUUGAAUAAAGGAUCAUGGUGUACUAGUAGUGUACCCCCUGAUAAGGGGAGAAAACAAAGGAAGCAGUUAUGGAGUGGAUUGAAGAACAUUGCAGCACGAAACACAAAACCAUGGCUGUUAUGUGGGAAUUUCAAUGCAGUUCUAUAUACUAAUGACAGGCUGAUGGGCAACCCCAUUACAUACACUGAAGUACAAGACUUUGCUGAUUGUGUAGCUACUCUGACUCUGAAUGAACUAACAUGGACAUGUGAUUACUACACAUGGUCUAACAAGCAAUAUGGUGUAGAAAGGAUCAACAGUAGGAUUGACAGAGCUUUUGACAAUUAUGAGUGGAUGAUGCAGUGGGGUCAUGUGAUUACUGAAUAUGAAUUGCCAUACAUAUCUGAUCAUAGUCCAAUGGUGUUAACUCUCCAUCCAGCUCCUAAACCUGAAAGAAUCUGGAAUCAAUCUUUUACUAAGGGCAAAAUGAAGAACAUCUGGAUAAAACUGAAGGAACUAAGGCCUUUGUUCAGGACCCUAAACACUGAACAUUAUAGAACUAUUAGUAUGAAGAUUGAGCAGGCCAGAACAAGCUUAGAGGAGGUGCAACAGAAGAUAAAUUCAGCUUAUAAUGACUCUCUGAUUGAAGAAGAGAAAAACCUGUUGCAGAAUUUAGAAAAAUGGUCCCUUAUUGAAGAAACUCACUCUCUGCCUACCAUAGAUAAAAUGAUUAUGAAGAAUGGUCCAAAUUUGUCACAGCAGCAGAAACUUGCCCUAUGUGCUGAGGUGAAUGACAAAGAGAUUUAUAGUGGAUUAUGUGCUAUUGAUAGUGACAAAGCUCCAGAAAUUGAUGGCUACAAUGCUUAUUUCUUCAAGAAGAUCUCUAAAGUCCUAACUGGCAGAAUUCAACAAGCUAUUGCAUCAGUGAUAAGUGAAGCCCAAUCUGGUUUCAUACCAGGUAGGAGGAUAAAAGACAACAUUAUAUUAGCUUAUGAGCUAGUCAAAGCUUACACAAGGAAGAAUAUUUCUGCUAGAUGUAUGAUCAAGAUUGAUCUCCAAAAAGCUUAUGAUUCAGUUGAAUGGCAUUUCUUAAAGCAAGUCAUGAUUGAAAUGGGAUUUCCAGAGAGAUUUGUGAACUGGAUAAUGGAGUGUGUAACAACUGUCAACUACACUAAUAUGGUUAAUGGAGAGACUACCCCACCAUUUGAUGUUGCUAAAGGACUAAGACAAGGUGAUCCCAUCUCCCCUUUCUUAUUUGCAAUUGUAAUGGAGUAUCUCAGUAGAAAUCUCAACAAAUUAAAGGAGGUGAAAGGCUUCAAGUUCCAUCCUAGGUGUGCAAAGUUAGGGAUUACCCACCUAAACUAUGCAGAUGAUCUAUUGAUAUUUUCUAGGGGUGAUCUCAACCUUGUCUCUCAUAUUCAAGAAUGCUUCAACCACUUCUCUCAAGUAUCUAGCUUACAGGCAAAUUUGAAGAAGAGUUCAAUGUAUUUUGGAGGAGUUCAACAGAGUACCAGGGUAGAGAUUAUUCAAAAGUUGGGCUACACAAUUGGAGAGUUACCAUUUAAAUAUCUUGGUAUUCCUCUUGCUACCAAGAAACUGUCCUUGAUACAAUGGUAUCCUCUAAUAGAAAAAAUAGUUGCAAGGAUUUCCUCAUGGACUGCCAAAAAGCUCUCAUAUGCUGGAAUAGUGCAGCUGGUCCAAACUGUCCUAUUUGGUAUUCGAUCCUAUUGGUCACAACUAUUCAACUUACCAGUAAAAGUUAUGAAGAUGAUAGAGGCCUACUGCAGAAGUUAUAUUUGGUCUGGGAUCAAUGCCAUUACAAAAAAGUCCCUGGUGGCUUAG